AUGGGUACGGACGAGUGGCCCGAAUAUGCCGGUGGAGAGGCCACCGGUUGGGCCAGUAACCGUGAUUUCAAUGGCUUCAAUGAGGAGGAUGAUUAUUUGCGUAGUUAUGGUAAAGCUACCAAAGAAGCCUUAUCGUCGACACGUUAUUUUUCGAAAGGUAUCUUGACAAAGAGCAAGGAUCCUCGUACGCAGAAGCUGAAGCAGCUGAUACGUCUCGUUGCGGUGGUUGCUGUGAUUGCUGGGUUGGUUACAGUCGGUGUGAAAACUACGUCUGUGCUGAGGGAGGUUUCCACCAGACAGACUGCUACAGAAGAGACGAAGAAACAGCUUGACGCCGAGAUGUCCCUUGAUCAGGCGUACCUGGACCGUGCAAACGACAUUGAACAGCGAAUCGAGCAGAAGAAGGCACAGAUCACGGAGCUGGAACAUCAUCUUCCCGAUGAAGUUGCCGAUGAACAUCGCCCACAGACAUGGAAACACAAGAUGAAGAAGAUGAACAUCAAACAGGCGUUUGGGUCCCUGAGUAGGAACAAACGCAAGAAGCACCAGUCACUAAAUUUUCUGCCUCGUUUUCUUCCUCCUCCUCCCUCUGACGAAGCACAACAGCCGGUGUCAUCAGGGACGCAGCACCCAGCCUCGAUGGUGGAACCUAUCUAUGAAACAAUUCUCCCGUCACGUUUAUCUGACGCUUCCGCUCACUCGUCAAGCGGUGGCAGUCUAGGAGACCCAUUUCGCAACGUUGUUUACAAGAUUGAAGAUGAAAUGAGACUUGUAAGUAAGGAAGAGUCUCAGUGGCAAAAGAAGCACGACUCAGUUCGAGCCCGUUUUAAGGAAGCCAUCGGUAAGCAUCAUCCCGAAAGUGGACCCCACGGACAAAUGUGGAAAAUGGCUGAAGAAAUCCAAGUUCCGGGAACUCACCCAGAUGCGCAAGAAUGGUUAGACACACCUAAGAAGUCUACACCUGUAAAAGACUUUUUCCGCAAAUAUAUGAGACCGGCAGUGUCCCGUCUGCUAGAGGAAAGAGAACCCGAAGUUAAAAGAGAAAUAGCAGCGGAGAGAGAGAAACUAGUUGAGCUAGAAAGACUUACGGGUGAUGAGUGA